GCGCUCACCCACUCACUCACUCACACCGAGGGACAGGCGACAAGAGCGGCCACAGGCUCUCAGGUAGCAAUAGCAAGAACAGACCCAGACUCGAUAACAGUACUAAGCUGUGGGUCACGGCCUUGAGGGACGCUGGUGAAAAUGGAGUUUCCGGACCUGGGGAAACACUGUUAUGAGAGUUCCUGCAAGCAACUCGAUUUCCUUCCAAUGAAGUGCGAUGCGUGUGGACAGAUCUUCUGCAAGGACCACGUCACCUAUGCACAGCACAAAUGUACUUCUGCGUAUAAAAAGGAUAUACAGGUUCCCGUGUGCCCACUCUGCAAUACACCAGUUCCUGUAAAAAGGGGAGAAAUGCCAGACAUUCGGGUUAGCGAACAUAUUGAUAGAGAGUGUAAAUCUGACCCAGCGCAGAAAAAACGCAAGAUUUUUACGAACAAGUGCUCGAAGAUAGGGUGCAAACAGAAAGAAAUGAUCAAGGUGACGUGUGGAAGCGUCUUUAUAACGUUCACGUGA